AAAAGGGCUUAUAUUUGAGUUGGUUGGGUGAUGCAACUGCUUUUGCAAUUGAUUUAUUGUUAUAUGAAACUUUUAUCAUCUUUACCAACUAUAUAAGACUCUGAUUUCAUGCAUUGUGCUUUUGAAUCUGGGUUCUGCACAUUAAAGUAUGUAGCGCUUACUCAUCGUUCUGGAUAUUAUGCCUUCUAGGAUGAAUCGGACAGUGGACAACCAGGCACUUCUGGAGCAAUUGAGGAAUCAGCAAUUAAGCUGAUCUAAUUCCAUACGACUUGUGAUGAUGAAGAACCAGCGACUUCAGCGUUGUCCAGAACCGAUAAAUUAGCAAUUUUAAACAAGCUAUAGCUGUUGAGUGAGAACCAGGAAGACUAAUCAAGGGCAUAUGUAUGUCACAUGUUACUUCACAUUGUGUUUCGCCUUCGGUAUUCAAGGCUCCUCUCACCCCAGGAAAAGCCAUUUUACAAAUCCCUUUCACAGACUUGUGCAUUUUGCACAGUUGCAUCAAUCGAACCAAGCCGCACGAGGAGAACAUUUUCUGAUAUUUUCCAUCAAUGUUCCAAUCUGAAAGCUCUGGAUCCUGGCAAACAGGCCCAUGGUCAGAUGAUUGUAUCUGGUUUUGUCCCUACCAUCUAUGUUUCCAAUUGUUUGAUUCAGAUGUACUCAAAAUGCUCCCACAUGGACUAUGCGUCUCAGGUGUUUGACAAAAUGCCUCAUCGAGACUCUGUCUCUUGGAACACUAUGAUGUUUGGCUACGCGGGAAGUGGAAACAUGGUGAAUGUACAGUUCUUUUUUGACUCAAUGCCUAAGAGAGAUGUGAUUUCUUGGAAUACUUUGAUCUCCUGUUAUUUGCGGGAUGGCUCCAACCAAACGUCAAUUGAAGCUUUUCUUCAAAUGAGAACAGCAAAUGUGCAACCAGAUCAUACUACGUUUGCUGUUGCUCUGAAAGCCUGUUCUGGUCUGGAAAACUAUAAUUUAGGAAUACAGAUUCACUGCCUUGCAAUUCAAAUGGGCUUGAUUAAUGAUGUGGUGACGAGUUGUGCUGUGGUAGACAUGUAUUCAAAAUGCAAGAGGCUAGAUGAGGCUUCCUUGGUUUUCUAUGAAAUUCCUGAAAAAAAUUGGGUAUGUUGGGGUGCUAUAAUUGCAGGGUGUGUUCAGAAUCAUCAGCUUGUCGAGGGUCUAAAACUUUUCAAAGAUAUGCAAAGAGAAGGUAUUGGGAUGAGUCAGUCAACGUAUGCUAGCAUUUUUAGAGCUUGUGCAGAAUUAUCUGCAUUUAAAGUUGGCAAACAAUUGCAUGCCCAUGCCUUAAAAGCAAACUUUGAAUACGAUAUCAUCGUGGGAACUGCGAUAUUAGACAUGUAUGCAAAAUGUCAAAGCAUGACUGAUUCUCGAAAGCUAUUUAAUUUGUUGCCCAGUCCUGGACGUCCAUCAUAUAAUGCCAUUAUGGUUGGAUAUGCUAGGCAAGGUCAAGGUAAAGAAGCUCUGGGGACUUUCCAGUCUUUACAUAGAUCAAGUCUUGGCUUUGAUGAAGUAAGCUUGUCCGGUGCAUUCUGUGCUUGUGCGGUAAUCAAAGGAUAUUCAGAGGGGAUUCAACUACAAGGAUUAGCAUUCAAAUGUAAUUUAAUGUUUAAUAUUUGUGUUGCAAAUGCCAUUUUAGACAUGUAUGGUAAAUGUGGAGCUCUAACUGAAGCCUGUCUAGUGUUUGACGAGAUGGUAAUGAGGGAUGCAGUAUCUUGGAAUGCAAUCAUUGCUGCUCAUGAGCAAAAUGAAGAAGUGGAUAAAACACUUCCACUUUUUGUUUCAAUGCUGCAGUCUAAAAUGGAACCAGAUGAGUUUACUUAUGGUAGUAUUCUAAAAGCCUGUGCUGGCAAGAAAAAAUUAAACUGUGGCAUGGAGAUCCAUGGAAGAAUUAUCAAAUCUGAAAUGGUAUUAAACCCAUUUACUGCAAGUGCACUUGUUGAUAUGUAUUGCAAGUGUGGGAUGCUAGAAGAGGCGGGGAAAAUUCAUGACAGAAUGGAAGACGAGACAGUUGUUUCUUGGAAUGCAAUCAUUUCAGGAUUCUCAUUGCAGAAGCAAAGUGAAAAUGCCCAGAGGUAUUUUUGUCACAUGCUUGAAAUGGGUGUACCGCCAGACACUUUCACGUAUGCUACAAUUCUCGAUACUUGUGCUGAUUUGGCCACUAUUGAACUUGGCAAGCAGAUUCAUGCUCAAAUCCUCAAGCUACAAUGGCAUUCAGAUGCAUACAUAGCCAGCACUCUGGUGGACAUGUACUCAAAAUGUGGAGAAAUGCAGGAUUCCCAAUUAAUGUUUGAGAAAGCACCUAAUCGAGAUUAUGUUACAUGGAAUGCCAUAAUCUGUGCUUAUGCCUGCCAUGGUCUCGGAGAAGAGGCCAUUAAAGUAUUUGAGGAGAUGCAGCUUCUGAAUCUCAAACCAAACUGUGCAACCUUUGUCUCAGUCCUCAGAGCUUGUGCACAUAUGGGUUAUGUAGACAAAGGGUUGCAUUACUUCCAGAAAAUGCAAAGCUACUAUGGUUUGAAUCCUGAGUUGGAGCAUUACUCAUGUAUGGUGGAUCUCCUUGGUAGGUCAGGUCAAGUGAGUGAAGCUUUGAAGCUUAUUGAAAGCAUGCCUUUUAAAGCUGAUGAGAUCAUUUGGAGGACUCUUCUCAGCAUCUGCAAGAGGCAAGGGAAUGUAGAAGUGGCAGAAAUAGCAGCAAAUUCUUUACUACAAUUAGACCCUCAAGACUCUUCUGCAUAUGUUCUUUUAUCCAAUAUUUAUGCUGAUGCAGGGAUGUGGCGUGAGGUCUCAAAGAUAAGAAGAAUAAUGAAGGAUUAUAAGUUAAAGAAGGAGCCUGGUUGCAGUUGGAUUGAGGUAAGAGAUGAGGUGAAUGCAUUUAUUGUUGGAGAUAAAGCGCAUCCAAGAUGUGAAGAGAUAUAUGAGAAAAUUCAUUUGCUUCUUUAUGAGAUGAAGUGGGCUGGAUAUGCAUCAGAUGCUCAUUUCAUGUCUGAUGAUUUGGUAGAGGAUGAAGAGCCUCAGCAGCUAAGGGCAAUCUACACGUGUUAGACGUAGAUAUAGAAACACAUCUAAAAGGGAUUUAGAUAGUUCUCCCAAAAAAAAAAAAAAGGAUUUAGAUUUUCACUUAAUUAAAAUUUUGUGUCCCCCAACUUCAAUUGGAGGAUUUAUUGGGUCUCAAACUAAUGCCAACCAUCAGAAAAAAUAACUUGGACCAUUAACAUUUUUAAUGGUUGGGAACGAUAAUCAUACUUGAGUUAUGAUCUUUAAA